UUUUUUUUUAAAGAAUAUGUAGGCCAAGUUAACUAAUAAGUAAAAGUAAAAACAUAACAAAAUUGCAUAAAUUGUACUAGCAACAGUUUGGUUAGUGGAUAUUCUCUCAUGCAAUGCCAGUGUCGGAAUCAUUCUCCUGUGUGUUCAAAUACACUCUGGCCGUGUUGACGUCCCACGACGGCCAGGCAGCGCUUUGUCCCAACGACCACGGUACUUCUAGACGUAGCCUCGCCCUAGCUGCCGCUGCGGCUAACAAAGACUGUGUUCUGUCACACAUAUGCUUCACUCUCAAUGUAGAUUCGGUUUUAGGCAACUUAGCACAGCUAAGCUACGUGGGACAGGACGUUCACCGUAUUCCGCCGAUUCUGUCCAAGUUGUACGGAUCUCGAGUUCAAGCUCUAGACCUGAGUUAUAACUCGCUCACCAAUCUAAAUGAACUCGCCAACUUUUCACAACUCACAGAACUUGUGCUGGACAAUAAUCAGCUGAGUGACUCGCUGGUGCUUCCCCCACUACCUGCUCUGCACACCCUCUCUCUCAACAAGAACAAUAUUACCAAUCUUGACCUGUUACUGACAAAAAUCGAUCAUAACUUGCCUAGACUGAGGUACUUGAGUUUACUGGGCAAUGUAGCUUGUCCCAACCAGCUCUCUGACAGCACCAAAGAUGACGAUGACUACCAGAGAUACAGGUACUAUGUGUUGUAUCGGCUUCCUGGGCUACAGUUUUUGGAUUCACGACCGACUUCCGACCAUGAACGGGAGGAGGCUCGUCAAAGAGGAAAGUUCAUGAAGAUUGUUCGGCCGGCCAUUACUAGCUCAUCUAGAAGUCCACUGGACUACGAUGAUGAUGAACCUUCUUUUGCGGAUUAUUCUCCUCUUCCACCAGCAUCAAGGGACGGCAAAGACCAUCAAGGAAUGUAUGGAAGAUGUAGAUUUAGAUACAUCGGAAAGCACUCAGAAGGGAACCGCUUCAUUCAGAAUAACGACCUUUAGUUAAAGUGUCAAAGUAAGAAUCAUUUCAGAUUAAGACUUAAAACUCGUAAUAGUUAAAAAUAAUAUCUAAGACCAUUCUCUAACUUUUUUAUCCUUGUAUUUUUUGUAUUUUUUUAUCCAAGCUUUUUAUUUUUAUUUUAGUGAAGAGGAAUUUUAAUAUCUUUAAAAUAAUCAGCGCAAACUUGUAAAGGGGGAUGGAUGACGAGUAUUUAGUGUUUAAUCAAACCUGAACCAGCUUUAUAAGUGCUUACUUUUUUUCAACAUACAUAAGAGCGAUGUAGUUUGAUUUUGAUAUUUUACAAUAUUAAAAUAUGUUAUCUUCCACAUAACUAAAUCAGGUACUUUCAAGUAUUUUUCAAGGGUGUACCGGUAUUAACAAAAUAUAGUAAUGUCUAAUACUUUUAUAGCAUGUUUAGUUAUUGUUCUGUUAAGUUUGUUAUGAAUCUCCAGUGGUAAAAUUAUGAGGUUUGGUAUUUUUUAUACAUUUUGUUAUUUUAUAUCUUAUGAUAUUUUCUAUUAAAAUAAGAAUAUAUAUGUUAUUGUUUAGUCUUAUAUUUUAUUUUACAUGUUAAAAUGUAUAUAUCGAACAAUGUUUGGCUUGUAUAGUUAUUCAAGUCUUUAUAUUCUGAAUACAUUUUAAAUGUUAAAAAUGUUAAGUAAGGUGGUGUAGAUGGGUGAAUAUCUGUUGGUUAGUUCAUUGAUUUUGCAACCUUCUAUGGUUCUAAAAUGUCAUUAAGGAAUAUACGUUUUCAGUAGUGAUGUGACGAGUUGAGUUGGCGAGUCGAGUUGACUCGAGUCAAGACCCGAGUCGAGUCAUCUCAUUCACAACUCGAGUUGGUACGAACUCGUACGGAGAUUGCCGAAGCUACACGAACUCGUAACGUUAGGAGUCCGACUCGCAAAAGCCGAGUCAAGAAACCGAACUCAUGCGGAGAAAGCCGAACCUUAACAAACUCGGGACGUAACGAGUUGACUCGAGUUUACUCGCACUCGCUUUUGGCCAAUAGCGUCACAGCUUUACGAGUCAACUCGCAUAGAUUCAACGCUAUUGGCGGAACGCGAGUUGAGUUGACUCGUAUAACUGAAACCCUAUUGGCGGAGUGCGAGUAUAACCCUUCACGAUCCACAAAAAGAACUCGUACGGAGAAUGCUGAACUUACACGAACUCGGAACGUCUCGAGUCGAGUCGACUCGACUCGUAAAGCUGAUACGCUAUUGGCCGCUACCGAGUCUGCCGACUCGCAAAACUAUAACCCUAUUGGUCGACCCCGAGUCGUUGCAGACUCACAUGAUGCAUUGGUUUUGGGUCGAGUUUCGAGUUGAGUCUGACUCGACUCGUGAGUUCACGGCAGUUGGCGAGUCGAGUCAGGAAAGUACCCGACUCGUCACAUCACUAGUUUUCAGACUGUUUAUCAGCAUUAAUUUACUUAGUCAAUUGUAUUAAUAGGCUUUAAAAGACUUUUUAUUCUUUAUGUUUGGCUAUAGGUUUAUGUACAAGAAAUGUUUCCCACAUUAUUAAGCACCAAUGCAAUAUUUAUUUACCUAAAUUCGUUUACUGCUCAUUUUACAUAUUUGGAGUGAGUCCUAUUAUUCUUGUUUGGAAUAAAGUAGGUUAAUUUUUAUUUGACACAGUAAGUAAAAUACAAUUACAGACAAUCAUUGUAGUAUACUUUGGGACCUGAGGCCUUAAACGUAUUUCCAAGUUUAAGUACAAAAAUAUUCUAAAAUAAACAAUAUUUUUAUCAUUGCAUGUAUAUAAUACAUAUAUUUUGUAAUAGUGUGUUCCGUCCUCUUAUAUGAAUACUUAUUUCACUAAUAAAAUAUGGUU